AAUUCACCGUUGCACGAGUAAAAACCACCGACAGCUAGCUGGUAAAAAUCAUCAGCACACGGCACUUCGUGCAGCCAUCCAGCUCCAGGGUUGUUUACCCAGCGGUAAAAACAUGGCACCAACCAUCGCCAAGCCUCUGCUCAGCGAUCUCGUGGCGCAGACGGGGCAAGUGCCAUUGAGCCACGUCAGGCCUGUCGGAGACCGCCCGGACCUCGCGAGCGUCGACAACGAAUCCGGCGCCGGGAUCCCGCUCAUCGACCUCAACAAGCUCGACGGGCCCGAGCGCCGCACGGUGGUGGAGGCCAUCGGCAGGGCCUGCGAAUCCGACGGCUUCUUCAUGGUGACGAACCACGGAAUCCCGGCGGGGGUAGUGGAGGGGAUGCUGCGCGUGGCGCGGGAGUUCUUCCACCUGCCGGAGUCGGAGCGGCUCAAGUGCUACUCCGACGACCCCAAGAAGGCCAUCCGGCUCUCCACCAGCUUCAACGUGCGCACCGAGAAGGUCAGCAACUGGCGAGACUUCCUGCGCCUGCAUUGCUACCCGCUCCAGAGCUUCGUCGACCAGUGGCCGUCCAACCCGCCCUCGUUCAGGCAAGUGGUGGGCACCUACGCGACGGAGGCGAGGGCGCUGGCGCUGCGGCUGCUGGAGGCCAUAUCGGAGAGCCUGGGCCUGGAUCGGAGCCACAUGGUGACGGCCAUGGGGAGGCAGGCGCAGCACAUGGCGGUGAACUACUACCCGCCGUGCCCGCAGCCGGAGCUCACCUACGGGCUGCCGGGGCACAAGGACCCCAAUGCCAUCACGCUCCUGCUCCAGGACGGCGUCUCCGGCCUGCAGGUUCAGCGCAACGGCCGCUGGGUGGCCGUCAACCCCAUGCCCGACGCGCUGGUCAUCAACAUCGGCGACCAGCUGCAGGUACAUCAUAGACGACGAACCUGUUCUUCUUCCUUGCGGAAUCGUCAUCGAUCUGGCGCCGCCGGCGCCGGCCGUACUGAACCGGGCUUACCUAUCUGCGCAGGCACUGAGCAACGACCGCUACAAGAGCGUGCUCCACCGCGUGAUCGUGAACAGCGAGAGCGAGCGGAUCUCGGUGCCGACGUUCUACUGCCCGUCGCCGGACGCGGUGAUCGCGCCGGCGGAGGCGCUGGUGGACGACGGCCACCCGCUGGCCUACCGGCCCUUCACCUACCAGGAGUACUACGACGAGUUCUGGAACAUGGGCCUCGAAUCCGCGAGCUGCCUCGACCGGUUCAGACCCGGCUGAGCGCGAUCGAGGGGAACGCCGGCCGCGAGCAUUCAGAGAACGUGCUGAACGAUGCAGCGCGGCCGUCGCCCAUGUGCAAUCUGCAAUAACCGGACUCGGAUUCCCCUCGGAUACGUCCCAGCUAGAUACCUACGUGGGACCUUUGGAACGUCCCGGUACGGGACCUUUCGAACUACCCUAAAAUGUCAGAUCAAGUUUUGGAUGCCUGCGAUUGAGGCGCAAGGCUCGUUGCAGUGUCGUCUCCCUCAGAGAUCAGAAUAAGGGGUGUUAGGUUGACAGAUUCUUGUGUAAGGUUUGAUUCUUCCACAUUUUUUAUACAGAACACAGUACACAUAUACGUACGUUUACAAAUAUUAUAAUAUACACACAUUUUUAUAAGCA